UCCAAAAUAAAAAUAUCGUUUAUGUUGAUGAGUUUAGUUUCUAAUGGACACAGGCCAUUCAGCUGUACAACCUGCCUGAAGACGUUUUCACAAAAAUGUGCCCUUAAUUUGCAUAUACUUAGCCAUACAGCGGUGCAAGGAAGACCGUUCCAGUGUGUUCAGUGUCCGGCCGCAUUUUGUCGUAAGCCAUAUUUAGACAUACAUAUGCGAAUUCAUACUGGCGAAAGACCCUUCCAAUGCGAGAUGUGCUUGAAACGUUUUACGCAGAAAUCGUCAUUGAACAUUCACAAAAGAAUCCAUACAGGUGAGAGACCAUAUGCAUGCGAUUUAUGCAAUAAAACUUUUGCUGUUAAAAGUUACGUGACUGCUCACAGAUGGUCACAUGUUUCCGAAAAACCUUUAAGCUGUGAUCGUUGUUCCAUGACAUUCACGAGCAAAGCUCAGUUCGCAGUUCAUAUUCGAACACAUUCAGCAGGACAAAACUACGAGUGCACCAUUUGCGGAAGAACAUUCAUACGGGAUAGCUAUUUGAUUAGACAUCACAAUCGAGUACAUCGUGAUAAUCGAACAACAGCGAACAGCAUCGCAACGAUAAAUAGUGUUGCAUCGGGUGAAUUGGGAUCAGCAAUUAAUGCAACAUCCGAAACGGGUAACGUUUAUGAUGCGACCACUGGGCAAGUGUGUGACUUAAGAUAUGUGUCCGAUCUUCAGCAAUUGAGUGGAGCACAAAUCGCGUCUCCUAUGCAAACUGAUCGUACAAACGGCGGUAAUGUUAACACAAAAUAAUUUUACUGUACCGAGACAUAAUUGUGAGAAAAGCGCUUCACUAUCGGUUUUAUAGAUUAAACAAACUUCCAAAGCAACCGAAUAAUUCGCUGGCCAAGUAAUUCCAGAAAGCAGUAAACAAGAUAUAUAGAAUAAAAAAUCACACAAACACAAAUAUUCUUGCAGUCGCAUGAUAUUGUCUUACAAAAAUAGAAAUUGUAAUAUAAGCUGUCCAAAUGUGCCAUCAGAUCUUCCGGAAUGGAAAAUAAAUGAAAGUCAAACUAUACCAAAAUAAAAGAGAAGUUGCAAGGCGACAGGGCGACAGGGCCUCCGAAUUUACAACCAAAAAUCAGAAUCACCUCAAUGCACAACAUAUCGAAAACCCAACGCAUUAUUGAAAAUCAGUCAUUGGUAUACCGAAAAGUGAAAUGAAACUGAGAAUGUGUAAUGAAACGGAAGGAGAGAAAAUCUUAAAUCGCGCACUCUUUCGCGAAUAUUUGUAAGAAUUAUGUAUUGAAAAACAAAUACGUUAAUACAUUAUUAGAAAUAUGUUUAUUUAGACUAGAAAUAUUGCUGAACAAAUAUCAUUUUAAUUUUUCUUCUCCUUUUUUUAACUUUUUUUGUAAUGUAUUAGACAACAAACGUAAUAUGUGAAAUCAGUCUAAUGAUGUUUGUUUUGUCGUCAUAUGCGACAUCAUUGAAACAAAAUGAAGAAUUCAAAUUGAAAAUGAUAAAGAAAUGACGAAUAAUUUGAGGGAAAAAACGUAAUGAAACAAUAAGCAUGCGCAACCACUGAUCGAAAGCAAAAAUGCAUUAUUAUAAUUAUAGCUAUAUAUGCGAAACAAUUUCAAAAUGAGGAAAAAGCGGAAAAAACUUCAAUGUAUAUUAGAAAUUAUAGUGAUAAUACCAAAAGCAGCACGUACGUCUCCACUGUACUCUGCACUAAAUAGAUGAAGAAAUGAUCUCUUGAUGCAAAGCAAGAGCUUAUUUAAAGUAAAAUAGAAGAUAAAGAGUCAAUAUCACGGGUAAAAUAAAUAUCUCCUCCGUUUAAACAUUAUUUUAAAACAAAAA